CUCCCGGCCCCCCCGCAGCGCGAGCGGAGCGCGGAGUCACCGCGGCGCACAGACGGCCCCGGCGGCGGCGGCACUCGCACACAAUGGCGCUGAAACGCAUCAACAAGGUGAGCGGCCCGCGCCCCGCCCUCGCUUCUCGCCGUUCUUUUUGCUUUGGUCUUCUUUUUUUUUUUAUUUAUUUUUUUGUCGUUUCAUCAUGGAGGCGCUGCGCCACACCGCCCGCCGAGAGCAGCCCGGCGAGAGCUCCCCUCGCCCCGCCGGGCCCGGGCCGCCGCCGCCGCACCCCGCCGGCCGGAGGCGGCCCCGCGGAUGGCCCCGCCGCUCGCGCUCGACCCCGCCGACCUCCCGCCCGUCCCGGCCGCGGCGGAUGGGGCUCUCCGGGCGCUCCGGGCCCUCCCCGCGGAGCGGAGCGGUCCCGCCGGCCUCCCCGCGGCGUGCGGCGCCUUUCCCGCAUUGUAAGAUGGCGGCGGCUCGGCGGGUCCGGGCCCUUUCCGGGAUCCCGCGGCGCGCACACUCCGCGCUCCCCGGAGCCGGGCUCGGCCCCGCCGCCCCGCACGGACCCGCCGGCGGCGGAAGCGCCGCGCCGAGGCCGCGCCGUUGCACAAUCGGGGCCGGGUGGAGCAACUUCACAGCUAAGUCGGAAAAAAUGCCGCGGUGAUGAUAGCGUAAACGGUUCCCAGCGAAGGAAGGAGGCCGCCGGCUCGGGGCUCGCGGGCGGCUGGCGGGGCGGCUCUGUCCCCGGGCCGCCGCCCGGCUCUCCUCGCCGCGGCGGGGGCUUCGGUGCCGGCUGAGCGGGGAGCGCCGUGUCGGCCGUUGUCGCCAAGAUGGCAGAAUGGCUGCGCCCGGCUCGGGGCCGCGGGGUGUGCCGCCUCCGAGCCGGGCUGUGCGCCCGCGGCCGUCAGCGGGGUCGGGGUGCUGCGUGGUCGCGACGGGCUCGGGUACGGUUCGUUGGUGGGAGGAUGGCCCCCGAGCCUUAUAAAUCGGCUCCUGAUUAGUUUUACUUUCACGGAUGUCUUCGAGUUGCCGCUCUCUCCCGAGGAUUUCAAAACAGUUUCUUUAGAAUCUGCCGUCAGAAGUUGUUCCCCGUAUUAGCUGUGAUACCACUCGAGUUGUGCACAGCCAGGAGCCUCCCUGGGUGCUUUGUCAUCAGCUCGUGCUUAUGAAACGCUCUCGGGCGCUGCAGGAACUUAGUGACUUAGCUCGCGAUCCUCCCGCACAGUGUUCAGCAGGUCCCGUUGGAGAUGACAUGUUUCAUUGGCAAGCCACAAUUAUGGGACCUAAUGACAGUCCAUAUCAGGGUGGUGUAUUCUUCUUGACAAUUCACUUUCCUACAGACUACCCUUUCAAACCACCUAAGGUUGCAUUUACAACAAGAAUCUAUCAUCCAAAUAUUAACAGUAAUGGCAGCAUUUGUCUCGAUAUUCUAAGAUCACAGUGGUCUCCUGCUUUAACUAUUUCUAAAGUUCUCUUAUCCAUUUGUUCACUGUUAUGUGAUCCAAAUCCAGAUGACCCUCUAGUGCCAGAGAUUGCACGUAUCUAUAAAACAGACAGAGACAAGUACAAUAGGUUAGCAAGAGAGUGGACAGAGAAAUACGCUAUGCUGUAGGGUACAACAGAAUAUCUCGGGAAUGGACUCAGAAGUAUGCCAUGUGAUGCUACCUUAAAGUCAGAAUAACCUGCAUUAUAGCUGGAAUAAACUUUAAAUUACUGUUCCUUUUUUGAUUUUCUUAUCCGGCUGCUCCCCUAUCAGACCUCAUCUUUUUUAUUUUUUUGUUUACCUCCUUCCAUUCAUGCACAUGCUCAUCUGAGAAGACUUUAGUUCUUCCAGCUUUGGACAAUAACUGCUUUUAGAAUCUGUAAAGUAGUUACACAAGAACAAUUGCCCAAGAUUCAGAAUUUUUUUUUAAUGGAGCAUGUGUAUUAUGUGGCCAAUGUCUUCAUUCUAACUUGGUUAUGAGAUUAAAAAAAUACAUUCCUCAUUGCUCUAACAGAUACUGAAGAUGCCACCUGAAAGGGGUGAGAGGAGAUGGAUGUUCAGUUUUCUCCCAUCAAAGAAGUAACAUUGCUGUAGCAACAUCCAUCUUGUUACAAACCUUCUAGUGUUAGAGAACUGAGGUUUUAUUAUAUACAUUUGCUCAUAACUGAUAUGUCUGGAGAAUUGGUACUGAAUCUAUAGCAUCAGCAGAACAGAAAAUGUGAUGUAUCUUAUGCAUGUCAAUAAAGGAAUGACCAGUUCUUGUUUUACAGAGAAUGGAAAUUGGAAGUCAAACAUCCCUUGUAUUCCAAAAUAGGGUCUAAGAACAUUUUUGUAAUUCAUUUAAAUUUUGUUAGGAGGCUUGGAGCUAUUAGUUAAUCUGUCUUCCAAAACACUGUUUAAUAUAGCACUGAAUAAAUGAUGCAAGUUGUAAAUGGAUGAGUGAUCAACUAAUAGCUCUACUAGUAAUUGAUUUAUUUUCUUCAAUAAAGUUGCAUAAACCAAUGAGUUAGCUGCCUGGAUUAAUCAAUAUGGGAAACAAAAUCUUUUGUAAAAGCAAAGCUGGUUUUUGUAUAUACUGUUGGGAUUUGCCUCAUUGUUUAACAUCAAAUAAUGAUGUGAAGUUCAAUAGAGUGAAUCUUUUGCCAUUUUCAGUUAUAAUGCUCAGUCUUUUGCAGGUUGACACAUUGUUCGGCCUGGUGUAUGCAGAAUUAAUAAGCUAACAUAGUAGUGUAGCCUUAGUAGUGUGCUACACGUGGUGCUGGGAGCCCAGCGUUCAAGGAUGGACUUGGGACCCAGCAGAUCUGAAGUGGUGUAUUGUGGAGAUGCUUCCUGAUGCACCUGUGUUUGCUGACUGAGAACCUUUUUCUUCACCUUGUACGCUUGACAGCUGAAAGAUCUUAAUAUGGGAGUAAUCAUGAGGCAAAAAUAUAAAAUAAAGUACUGUUUUGAUGUGGGAAUUGUCAUGAGGCUGUGUUGAAGUGAAUUUACUAUGUGGGAUGUUCGUUACCAUUGAAAAGGACUUGUUCAGCCAUGCUGCCAUUUACAUUAAUGACUAUUUUAAUGCAACAGACACUUUCCUCAUGUCAGGUGACUAAACGUGAAUAAAGACUCAUUGCUAUUGGA